GACGCCAAGGACGCUAUUUGAGUUGUUAACGUAACUUAGUAUUUAUUUUUAAUACGCAACAGGACCAUAAACGUUUCAAAUAAUGCAGGAGGAAGACGCAAGAUACUUAAAAAGACGUGUAAAAGCUGGGACAAUUGAUGUCCAUCCAACAGAGAAGGCAAUUGUCGUCAACUAUGAACUGGAGGCAACAAUUCUUGGGGAAAUGGGUGACCCAAUGUUGGGGGAAAAGAAGGAAUGUCAAAAAAUAAUUCGUUUGAAGAGUCUAAAUUCAACAUCAAAUAUCCGGGCAGUUGCACAGCAAAUUGUUGCCAAAUGUAACCUCAUUCAUCCCUCUAAAAUACCAGAAGUGGAACAAUUGCUUUAUUAUCUCCAGAAAAGGAAGGACACUGCUGUUAGCAGUGCAAAAACAAGUCAAUCAACCAGUUUGCAAGACCAAUUAGAUGCAGCUGGAUUUGAAGGUCUUAAUCCUGACGAGGUUGCAAAUUUAAAUGAUCUGGAUGAGUAUAUUGAGUUGCUUUAUGAAGACAUUCCUGAGAAAGUCAGGGGCACAGCAUUUAUACUGCAGCUUGCAAGAAACCCUGAUAAUAUGGAAGAAAUUGUUCAGAAUGAAACAGUGCUUGGGGCAUUAGCUCGAGUACUACGUGAAGACUCAAAGAAAAGCACAGAACUGGCAACAAAUAUUGUAUACACCUUCUUCUGUUUCUCGUCUUUCUCUGAUUUUCAUGGCAUUAUCUCCCAUCAUAAGAUUGGCGCAAUGUGUAUGUCAAUCUUGGAUCACGAAAUCAAAAGAUACGAUAGUUGGCAGGAAGAACUUGAAAAUAAAAACAAAGCUGGCUUGCGUAAAGAUCACGAAAAAAGUUACAAGAAAUUCGUGAAUUUGUCUAAAAAGCAAGAGCAACUCUUACGAGUGACCGUCUACCUACUGCUCAAUUUAUCGGAAGACACAAAAGUUGAGGCGAAGAUGAUAAAUAAAAAGAUCGUGUAUCUUUUGAUGAAGUUGUUGAAUCGUGAAAACUCGGACCUACUGAUUCUUGUUGUCUCCUUUCUGAAGAAACUGAGUAUUUUUAAUGAAAACAAAAACGAAAUGGCAAGAAAUGACAUCAUUGAAAAGAUCGCUCACCUCAUACCAAAUCAAAACGAGGAUCUUUUAAACAUUACCCUACGUCUUCUGCUUAACCUUUCAUUUGAAACCGAACUUCGUUCCAAAGCAGUUAAAAAUGGACUGGUACCGAAGCUUGUAGCGCUUAUUGGAAAUGAAAUCCAAUGUAUCGUUGUUUUGUGUAUUUUGUACCAUAUCAGUAUGGACGAUGGACACAAAUCUAUGUUUUCAUAUACAGACUGCAUUCCAUUAGUUAUGAAGAUGCUGUUAGAGACGAAAAGUGAUCAUCUUCCUUUGGAGCUGUUGGCUUUAGCCAUUAACCUGGCAACCCACAAAAAUAAUGCUCAGUUAAUCUGUGAGGGUCCUGGCUUGAGAUUACUCAUGAAACGAGCGUUCAAGUUCAAGGAUCCUCUCCUGUUGAAAAUGGCGCGAAAUAUUUCGCAACAUGACGGACCAACGAAGGAACUGUUUGUGCCAUUUAUCGCGGACUUAGCAAAUGCGAUUAAGACGUUCUCAGAUGAGGAAUUUGUGGUGGAAGCAGUUGGGAUUCUGGGAAAUAUUGCUGUCCGUGGUUUAAACUACGCACAAUUGUUGACGAAAUUCGACAUGUUGUCUUAUAUCAAGAGUAAAUUGCAGCCAGGGGCAGCUGAAGAUGAUUUAGUGUUGGGAGUAAUCAUCUUGAUUGGAACUGUAUGUGCAGAUGACGCCUGUGCUGCACUUCUGGCAGAAGAAGGCGUACCACAAAUACUUAUUGAUCUACUUAAUGCAAAACAAGAAGACGAUGAGGUUGUCUUGCAGAUUGUUUAUGUCUUUUAUCAAAUGGUCUUCCACAAAGCAACACGAGAGGUCAUUGUAAAGCAGACUCAAGCUCCAGCUUACCUCAUUGAUCUUAUGCAUGAUAAGAAUGCUGAGAUUAGGAAGGUUUGCGAUCAGACAUUAGACAUUAUCAUGGAAUUUGAUCAGGAGUGGGCCAAGAAAAUACAAAUUGAGAAAUUCCGUUGGCACAAUUCUCAAUGGCUUGAAAUGGUCGAAGGUCAUCAAGAUGAUAACGAUGAUGACGAACUUAUGAUGUACCCUGAUGAACCUACCUUUAUUGAUAAUGGUGAUAUACUUGAUCGUCCAGAUUUGUUCUACGGCCAACAUGUGUAUGGCGAUAUUGGGAGUCGAGAGGGAGCAAGUACACCCGAGAUGAUGAUGCGAGGAUCUGGACCCGAGUUUGACUUAUACGACGACGAGCCUGGAAGUGACCGUGGUUACAUGGGUGGAUACCCAAGCCCCGUGGAAGCGUACUCGGACGGUGGGUUGAUUAACGGUGAUGACUGGGAUCAAGUGCUGGAUAAUAGACCAAGCAGUCGUUAUGGUCAACGGCCAAUCAGUCGUCAUGGUUACGGUGGCGCUGAAUACGAUGAUAGGCCCGUAUCAAGACAUGGGCACAGUCAGGAAUAUGGUUAUAGAUAGGAUAUCUUUGGUAAUUGGAAAUCAGCAACAGAUAAGUCAGAAACGAUAAUUUUAUGUAACUUUUUAAGUACAUAUUCCGCUCUGCCACAGAAGAUCAUCCAAGCCUCAUCAGGUCCUUUUGUACCCAGAGCGAAGGCCCUGGUUAUGGGGUGGGAUUUAAGACGCGUUUACACUAGAUGCCUAGAUCUGGCCUGGGCCAGGUUUAGGAGGAGUCUGGAUAAUAUGUGCCCAGUUCACAUUGUCUUUCUUGCUGAUGGUAUAAAUAAGGUAGCUAACAUAAUUGACAAAAUACUUGGAACAAGACCCAAACACGCCGAAAUGUGGUAAUACUAGUAUGGAUACAAAGAUUAUAUUAUUAAGUUUUAAGUUGAAAAUUAGUCAGGACUAGGUGAAGCCCGUUCACAUUGCAAAAAUCGUGCUCCAUGUCGUGCACUUUCUUCUGUUGGCCUGGAUUUUGUGGCCUACACCAGACCUGGACCAGGUCCAGUCCAGGUCGAGGCACGUAGUGUAAACGCGACUUAACUGGAAUUGUUUCAUUCAUCUUGAAAUCUUUCAGCAUUUCAAGUCUUUCCAUUUAGUCCUAAUUGUUGCUAACAUAUCAAGGUGAGUUAGGUGACUGAUGUGAUAGAAUAUUGCUGUGCGUGCAGUCAAUCAAUGAUUGAUUGGAAUACAGAAAAUAAAAUGACUUGUUCACAACAACAGUUACGACAAAAUGGAAACCAGGUUUUAGCGGUCUUAUCGAUAGUUGCUUCUGCACCCGAAAUCAAGCACUUUGGUCUGGAAAGAUGCAUUUAUAUUAUGUAAAAAAUACGGUGUACAUCA